CUUCUCCUCUCUUCCUUCAUUUUCUUUCUUUUUAUCCUUGAUCUGAUUCCUCUACUAGAUCUAGUUCCUAUAUCUCCCACAAACAAAAAGAGAAGAUAAAAGAAAAGAAUAGAUAUAACUAUACAAAGAAUUUUGAAGAAUAAAAAAGGCGAGUACAACCAUGGUUUUCUCCUCCAUCCAAGCUUAUCUUGAUUCAUCCAACUGGCAACAAGCUCCUCCGAGCAAUCAUAACCAGGGUGGCGCAGGAGCCUCAGAUACAGGGGGUCAUGGUCUUUUUCCUCAGCCACAGUCCAAUGGUAGCGGAGGCAGCGGCUCGAUCCGACCAGGAUCGAUGGUGGACAGAGCAAGGCAAGCAAACGUAGCCAUGCCAGAAGCGGCACUGAAAUGUCCAAGAUGCGAAUCCACCAACACCAAGUUCUGUUACUUCAACAACUACAGCCUCACUCAGCCACGCCACUUCUGCAAAAGCUGUCGGAGAUACUGGACGCGUGGCGGUUCCCUCCGCAACGUUCCCGUCGGUGGUGGCUGCCGGAGAAACAGGCAUACUAAAAGCAGUAGCAACAACAACAACAGCACCGCCACUAGCAACAACACAAGUUUCUCCUCGGCAGCCUCGGGGAAUGCAUCCACAAUCAGCGCCAUUCUCUCCUCGAACUACGGAGGAAACCAUGAGAGCAUCUUGAGCCAGAUUUUAUAUCCAGGGAGGGUAAUGAAUCCUAAUUAUAAUCACCAUCUAGGAGAUCUCUUAGAUAAUACAAAAACAGAUAACAACAUGAGUUUAUUGAACUAUGGAGGACUGAGUCAAGAUUUGAGGUCAGUCCACAUGGGAACUUCAGGUGGCUCGCUUAUGAGCUGUGUUGAUCCAUCUUCAAAUGGGUUUUACCCUUUUGAAUCGCCGAGGACAACUUCUACGUCGAUCUCAUCUGCUUUAGCGUCGCAGUUUUCUUCCGUUAAAGUUGAAGAUAAUCCUUACAAAUUGGUUAAUGUCAAUGGUAAUUGCUCUUCCUGGAUUGAUCUUUCUACUUUUGGCUCAUCUAGUUAAGUUCAGCCAAAAAAGAAAGAGCUAGAGGGUACUUAUUGAUGAAAAACCCUAGUUACUAAUUAUUAGGUUAAUUUUGUCUUGUUUUACGUUUUUUCUUUAGUUUAGGUUGUCUAAGAUUUUCCUUGUUCUCGAUCUAUGGUUCUAGGUACGUAGCUUAAGUUAUUGGGUGUGUCUUGAGUAUGUUCCUUUGUUCUUUUUGCCAAGUUGUUCCUUUGUUAUCUUUCGAGUUUGAUUACUAGUUACUACCAUCAAGUCUCAGUGUCUUAGAUGGACCUAUAUCUGUCAGUCUUAUUUAAAUCAUGGUAUGUUGAAUGAGUCAGUUUUAUUUCUCGCUAAUAUACUUGCGUUGUUAUUCAUUAAAUUUUACAGAA